AUGGCCGAUGGCGAGAUAGCCAACCUCCUCGCGGACGUUCGAGCCGAACCCGCGAAAUACAACAAACCCAGCGAUACCGUCCUUGGCGCCAUAUUCGGCCUUGUAGUCAAGACAGGACCGUCCGAACCCUCUCAGAUACACUGGUUCUGCUCGCAGGCGUCGGAGACCCUCAGCGAAGCCGCGACAUUCUUGAUCAGGCUGUUCGCGUACAAUAGCCCUUUGGUGGAGACAUGGAAGGCGCAGUACAGCCUAUGUGUCAACGAGUGUGUGCAAUGUGCGCUGGGGGUAGAGAUUGCGAAGACGCGGGCGCGUUCGAUCUAUAUGUCAAGCUUCCCCCCGGAUACCCUGGUCAACUUCUUCACGCUACUGGAGGGCUGGGAGCUAUCCAACGUCAUAUCAGAGCUCUGUCAGCGCAACAUCCUCAACGGCCAGAAUGUAGUCGCCUCACCCACGUUAUAUGGCGUCCCCAUCGGCCUCACGUACAGGAUGGUGGCCAAUCUUGUCGUCUUCCGCGAUCCAAGGAUACGCGCCGCUCUAGAGAAAUGCCAUGCGUCUAUACCCCUCGAUAAGUGGCCAACGGACCCGCUCCCAGCCGGCAUGCUGGCGCUACUUGUAGACGAGAACGCUGCACUGCGCGAAUGGGCGGAGGAGCGCUACUCGGCUCUCAAGCACAAGCCCAUACCGCCGGAUAGCCUCACAUUUGCUCAUACUUCCGUGGCGGAGACCAUCUUUAGGGCGCUCGCGAGCGACUCCGCGAGCUCGAGCCAGGGCGAACCGGCGGCGCCUAUACGAUCGGACAUCGAAGUAUAUUGGAGCGGCAUACUGAAGAUCGUCGCCUUGAUGGACCCCGAGCUUCUCCUGCACCACCUACGCCUACGCGUGGACAUCCGACGAACAGUCCUCGGUCACUUGUCAGACAAUGGGCCACACCUCCACCUCGUUCUCAACACCUUCAUCCUGCUCCUCGGCCGCCUGAAGGAGAAGAUAUGGCAAGGCGAGGGCCCGGAGUACCCGCAAGUCAUCUUCGACUCGAUCAAGGACAACCCCGCGUACGUCGAGGGCAUGUCGAAGGCGCUCUCGACUUCGAGGGAGGCCGCCGGUCCGUACAUCAAGUGGUAUCAGCCGUUCCUUGUCACUGUUGAGCCGACCCCUGUAUAUGGAGAGGUUAUUGCGAAGAUGGCUGGCUUGCUGUGCGAAGAGCUGCAGCAUCCGAGGUUCCAGGACUCCGCACCGGCAACCAUCGCGAUAGCAGCACAGAUCCUUGAGAAGCUAGUGCGAAGACAUUCGCAGACGCACGCAGCGGCAGUUGCGUCUGCGAUUGAUAUUCAUGUCGCCAAGCUCUCCCAAGUCGCCUUCGCCCCAAGCUUCAACAACGAUAAGUGGGCGUUGGCGCGCAAGACUUCGCGGUCGCUUUUGUUCAGCGCAGUGAAAGUGGACGCGCGGACCGUGCUGGCUGCGUUCGACGGGGUGUAUCACGCGCUUGCGGAGGUCAGCAGGAAGAUACCUGUGAAGACGGUCAUAGUCAAGCAUACCUCUCGCGAAAUGUUGUGGAAGACCAUCUGUCAGGCCGUGGAUAGUCGCGAUCAGGACGCCUUCGCGGAGCUGCUCACUAUCGCGUACGAGAUUGCGCAUGUGGACAUCCCGACGAAGAAGGCGUACCAGGAGGUGUUUACUGCGACUAGGCCGACGGACUCGGCUUCACCAAAGGUGGCCCUCGAGGACGUGUCGAGGUCGCUCCAAGUCAUGCACGAUUGCAUCUCCGGCGCACUGGGGCGAUAUGUCGAGGACAACAGCGCAUCCGCCGCCCUCGGUCUCCUACGGCGUGAGAGCAUCACGCAGCGCGUCGUCUCCUUGAUGAUGUCCCCCGUUGAGGUGCUGCACACCGGCGCGAAAGACCUCGUUGGCGUGGCGUUCGAUGUUGACGUACGCUCGGAGUGCUUCCGCGCCCUCUUUAAAGAGCUUCCCGACCCGGCAUUCUCAGGCGCGCUCCGGCACCUCGAGAUGUUCAUGUCAUUCGUGAACAAACCACCCGAGGCGUGUAGUCUGGCGAAAAUGCUCGUGCGCUGCUUCACCGACAUCAUCGAGGUGCUGUGCGAGUCGCCUGGCGGCCUUCUGCGUUCCACAUCCUACGCACCGGCUUCAAGUCAUAGCCUGCGCCGCGAUAUUCCGAAACUGUGGGAGGGCAUGGCGGGGUCGCUGAAGUAUAUCUUCCGCCGGACGCCGACGUGGGCGCGGUGGUUCGAGAACGAUGCGAUGACGGAGUGGAUGCGCGAUGCGCUCAUCUUUGGGCGGGACAUGAUCGCGCAGAGGGAGACCUUUGAGGGCGCUGCUGCGGCGGACAAAGACGCGAAGACCACGGACAAGGAAGCGAAGGCCGCGGACAGGAAGUUCAAAGCCAAAAUAGGGCAGAAGAUGCUGCAGGACAUGCAGCCCGUGCUGCUCGACCUAACCAAGUGGCUGCGGCUGACGGACGAGGAGCUGCUGCACCAGACGUUCUCGUUCCUGCAGUCCUUGCUAUCGAUGUUCGAAAGCGCGGACGUGCGUCCGGAGGAGGAGACCAGGCAGAAGCUAGACCAUUUCGUGCGGGAUGCACUCAACGCGCGCGAUCCAGCGAAGCGAGCGGGGAUGUCGGAGAGGGAGCUAAGGAAUGGGGAGACGAGGCUAAACAAUGUGCGCCUGAAGCAGCUGCAGGACAGUCUGGCGGCGUUCGACGAGGAGGAGGUGGAGAUUGUCGAGCCGCCGAAGAAACCGUCGCCAGCACCAGCACCAGCGAAGCCCGCCAAGAAGGGGCAGUCCCGCCUCACUGGGUUUAUCUCGCGCGACACGAAGCCCAGUACAUCUGCGCCUCCGAAACCGUCCAAGCCGCUCGCGCGUCCGGCGCCGUCGACCGUGCAGCCUCCUGCGAAGAAGGCGAAGGUUUCGCAUCGCUUCAGCGAGGAGGAGCAGAAGAAGAUCGACGAGGAUGUGCCUAUGCCCAAGAUGCGGCGUGCGGGUGCCGUCGAGCAACAACCCAAGGCGGCGCUCAAGAACUUGCACUUCCGCCGGAAGGAUGAGGGACGCGCGGCCUCGACCUCGUCUGCGCCUGUCACCGAAGAAGAUGAUAGCGACGACGACGAUGACGGUAUGAGAGACCUGGUCAAGGCCGAGCGUAGGCGCCAGCCGAUAAAGAAGCCCGAGCCGCGUGGAAUAAAGCUCCUGGACGUGCCACAAAUUGACGGCCACAUCGAGCGCAAGCUACGCCGUGGGGAAGAGGAUCGUCGUCGCGCAAUGCGCGCCAGUCCGCCAGACUUCUCGCGCCUGCAUGCAGAGCUGCUGUCCUGGGACUAUGACCACAUGGGCGACCAGCCGCCUGGUUUCGAGGGGAGGUUGCAGCCCGUGCCAGAUCGGUUCGACAACUUCCAGCACUACGAUCGCGUUUUCUCGCCGCUGCUCUUAUUCGAGUGCUGGGCGCAGCUGCAGCAGUCGAAGAACGAUGUCAUGGUCACGGAGAAUCUGCCUUGCACGAUUUCUUCGAGGGCGUAUACAGAUCGGUGGAUCGACCUGGAGGUGACGAUUACGCGGGCGGAGGAUAUGCGCGAAUUCUAUCUCGCGGAGACAGAUAUUGUGCUGCUUCGUAAGGUCGAUACCCGACAGCCCCUACUGGCGAAAGUUCAGUCUUCAGUGACGCCGGCAAGCAACAUGAUAGCGACUUUGCGAUGUUCGGGUGCAGCGGGCGUCAAGCCGGAGAAUGGCACGGCCUGGGAGAUGUCGAAAGUCAUGAGCCUGUCCACCAUACACCGUGAGUAUACCGCUCUGGUGCAAGUGCCAUACUACGACCUUCCUGGGAACAUCCUUCGGCCAAAUCUCGACAACAGUCCUAGCAUCAGCGCCUCUGAGGUCCAGCGUAUGCAAGAGAAGUACUCCGUCAACGAGCCACAGGCUGUCGCGAUUACGAAGUCAAUUCACACCAAGGGUUUCUCGCUUAUCCAAGGUCCACCUGGUACGGGCAAGACCUCGACGAUCUGCGGGCUUGUCUCCGCAUACCUGUACGAGGCCAACCGCCGCAUCACUCGACCCAUGGAGAAUGACCCGAACCAGCCGCGUAUUUUGCUGUGUGCUCCGAGUAACGCUGCUAUCGACGAAGUCGCAUUCCGUUUGAAGUGCUCACCUGCCGCUGUCGCCGGCAAGCUGAACGUUGUACGCAUAGGCGCGGAGAAAGCCAUCGGUGACGCCGUCAAGGAUAUCACCCUUGACACCCUGGCGGACAAGAAGCUCAACGUCAGCACGACCAACACGGAGAACGUCGAGGGCGAACUCUCCAGCCUCUUUAGGGAGCUCAACGCGGCCAAACACGAGAUAAAUGCGAAGCAGAAGGAGCUGGCACAGAUCGUGGACAACUCUGCGCGCGCGCAGACGCUGUCGGAUGAGCUGAGGAUGCUAAAGUCGCGUCGCCAUCAGGUGUCGAAGCAGGUCGACCAGAUGAAGGAGGUGCAGAAGAACAACCGCAGGACGAUGGAUGCGAGCAGGCGGAAAGCGCGACGUGAUGUUCUCGAGGAGGCUCAUGUCGUUUGCUCUACGCUGUCUGGCGCGGGCCACGAGUCCUUGAACGAGUCGGAGUUCCAGAUGAUCAUCAUCGACGAGGCGGCUCAGGCUAUCGAGCUGAGCUCGUUAAUUCCUUUCAAGUUUUCGUGCUCACACUGCGUCUUAGUCGGAGAUGAAAAGCAGCUUCCACCUACGGUCAUUUCCAUGCAGGCGACAAAGUUCCGGUACAACCAAUCCUUAUUCGUCCGCUUGCAACGCCAGUCGCCGAACGCAGUCAACCUGCUGAGCAUCCAAUACCGCAUGCAUCCCUCUAUCAGCGCCUUGCCUAGCAAGGUGUUCUACGACUCCAGGCUGAAGGACGGCCCUGAUAUGGAGGCAAAGACGAAGCAACCAUGGCAAUUCGACCCCAAGUUCGGCGCAUAUCGCUUCUUCAACGUCUUCCGAGGUGUCGAGGACCGCGCAGGUGCCAAGUCUUCAAAGAACAUAGCGGAGUGCGAGGUUGCCGUCGCCUUGUACUCCCGCCUUGUCACGCAGUUCGGCUCUUCUGGGGACUUCGCGGCGAAGGUGGGCAUCAUCGCGGGGUACAAGGGCCAGAUCGUCGAGCUGCGGCGUCGGUUCGAGAAUCGAUUUGGGCGGGAUAUUACGAAGAAGAUCGCUUUCAAUACUGUGGACGGCUUCCAGGGUCAGGAGAAGGAUGUGAUCAUAUUCUCUUGUGUGAGGGCGGGUACUGGGACGACGAAUAUCGGUUUCAUGUCUGACACUCGUCGCAUGAACGUCGCACUGACGCGUGCGAAGUCGUCGCUGUUCAUACUUGGACAUGCCGAUACCCUCUCGCGGAGCGACGAGACGUGGAAACAGAUCGUCGCAGACGCAAAUGAGCGUAAGCUCAUGACCGACGUCGACGUGUCGUACUUUACCGCACCUAUCACACAGACCUCUGUCCCGAAGACACCGACCAAGAAGGCGGCGCCACGAUCUCGCGUGACAUCGCAGAAUGCAGCCUCUGCCCCGCCACCUGCCAACCUUAUGACUCCGACGGCGCUGAAAAAGUCGUCGAGCAAGAAGGACCUUGCGGAGGCAGCUGCCAAGCCCACCUCCAGGAAAGACAAGAUAGACGACCAGCCUAUCGCUUCCUCCUCGUCUUCAGCAGCACCACCAGCUCAGAAUUAUGCCCCUCCCGCGCCGCCCAGAGCAGGAGAGAAACGAAGAGACAGUGGCGCACCACCUCAUAAGCCGCCAGCGAAAAAGAAGAAAGGCGGCCCCAGCCUGUUCAUGCCGAAGAACGUCCAGAGGAAGAACGGAUGA